AUGACGACUAACUAUUUGGUGCCAAACACUAAACCGAUUAAUGGAAAUGUGUUUCAUUCAUUCGAAAAGAUAAAUGAAAUAUUUGCAAAGAAUGACGGUAGAAGAUAUUAUAGAGAACUUGAAAGUUCAUGCUAUGACUCUGAUACUCCAUAUUUUGAUGAUAAACAAACUCAUUUAAGAAUUACAAAUCCGGCUCAUGAUGUGAACCAAUUAGGUGACACAUAUAUUAAACGCAAAGUUAAAGCAACUCUAGUUUCAAAUAAAGCUUUCACAUGUGAUGCCGCUUUUAAAUGCAUGCGUUUAUUCGUUGGUUACAAAUCAUCAAAUCAAAGCUUUAAACAAUUAGAAGUAGAAACCGAAAGAGGUGAUGCCGGUUAUCUUCAGAUGGAUUGCGCCCGUGAAUCUUUCGCAUUUGCAACAUAUAAACCGAAAUCAGAAAGGAAAGUUAAAAAGUUUGUUCAUUCGUUAUAUAAUAAUGUUCAAAAAUAUGAUAACUCAGUAUGUGGAAAAUAUAUUGACCCUUCAGAAGUUUUCAAGAGAGCAAAUGAAGAAGUUGAUAUCACUUUUGAUAUGAUUAUUCCGGUAAAUGAUUUGUUAGCAUUUCAGGUGUUCGAUGAUUAUCCUAAAUCAUUUGGUGAUAUCAUUCUUAAAUAUUAUGUUUUCAGGGAUACUUUAGUAUUUUGUCAGGUUGACCCGUUAAGAGUUGCUGAUUUACAAAAUUACGUUUAUGAAAAGAUAACUGAUGAAAAUUAUGAAAAGAUUAUGAAUCAUGUUUAUAAAUAUGAUCGCAAAUUCCAACAAAUCGGACUUCCUACCAAAUUAAUUACAAGCUUAGCCGCUACAUCUGCUGACGCAACAGUUGAUGAC